UCGGUCCUGCAGCUCCCUGGAUCUGGAGGGUGACCCGGCAGCCCACGUGGAUCCACACCAUGGCCACCUGCUGGCAGGGCCUGUGGGCCUACCGCUUCUACCUGAUUGUAUUCCUCCUACCCAUUUUCCUGCUGCCUCUGCCCAUCCUCAUCCCGACUAAGGAAGCCUACUGUGCCUACACCAUCAUCCUCAUGGCGCUCCUCUGGUGCACCGAGGCUCUGCCCCUGGCUAUCACCGCCUUCCUCCCCAUCGUCAUGUUCCCCAUGAUGGGCAUAAUGGGUGCCUCCGUGGUCAGCACUGAGUACCUUAAGGACAGCAACAUGCUAUUCAUCGGGGGGAUGUUAGUGGCGCUGGCCGUGGAACACUGGAAUCUGCACAAGCGCAUCGCCCUCCACGUGCUUCUCACCAUCGGUGUGCGGCCCUCCCUGCUGAUCCUGGGUUUCAUGGUGGUCACGGCCUUCCUGUCCAUGUGGAUCAGCAACACAGCCACCACUGCCAUGAUGGUGCCCAUUGCCCAUGCCGUUCUGGAUCAGCUGCACGAGAUGCCCACAGGCAUGGAUGUUGAGGAGGGCAGCAACAACCCCGCCUUUGAGCUCCAGGAACCGAGUCCCCAGAAGGAAGAGACCGAGCUUGAUGAGAAAGACAACAAGCAGGAUGGCCCUGCCCCCCCUGUUCCUUUGGAGUCCAGGGCACAGCGGAACGAGGAGCAGCUCCGCUUCACCCAGGGCAUGAGCCUGUGUGUGUGCUACUCGGCCAGCAUCGGGGGCAUCGCCACCCUGACUGGCACCACAACAAACCUGGUGCUGCAAGGCCAGGUCAACUCGCUCUUUCCCCAAAAUGGCAACGUGGUGAACUUCGCCUCCUGGUUUUUCUUUGCCUUCCCCGCCAUGGUCAUCUUGCUGCUGCUUUCCUGGGUGUGGCUGCAGUUCCUCUUCUUAGGCUUCAACUUCCGGAAGAACUGUGGCUUGGGGGACCAGAUGAGGAAACAAGAGCGAGCAGCCUUCGAAGUCAUCCGGAGAGAGCACAAGCUGCUGGGCCCCAUGACCUUUGCAGAAAAGGCUGUCACCAUCCUCUUUGUCUUAUUGGUGGUGCUCUGGUUCACUCGGGAGCCAGGCUUUUUCACCGGCUGGGGUAACCUGGCUUUUUCCGAUGAGAAUGGGAAAAGCAUGCCAUCCGAUGGGACAGUAGCCAUCUUAAUCGGUGUAAUUUUGUUCAUCGUGCCCUCCAAGAUCCCAGGGCUGACUCAGAAACCAGGUAAACCAGGGAAGCUGAAGGCCCCUCCUGCCCUCCUCAACUGGAAAAUAGUUAAAGAGAAGAUGCCUUGGAAUAUCGUGCUCCUUCUGGGCGGUGGCUUUGCCCUGGCCAAGGGCAGUGAGGAAUCGGGCCUGUCGAAGUGGCUGGGGGACAAGCUGACCCCGCUGGAGAGUGUGCCGCCUCCCGCCAUUGCCUUCAUCCUCUGCCUCAUGAUUGCCACCUUCACUGAGUGCACCAGCAACGUGGCCACCACCACAAUCUUCCUGCCCAUCUUGGCUUCCAUGUCUCAAGCCAUCUGCAUCAACCCUCUCUACAUCAUGCUCCCCUGCACGCUUUCCAGCUCCCUGGCCUUCAUGCUGCCUGUGGCCACCCCACCCAACGCCAUCGCCUUCUCAUUCGGAGGCCUCAAAGUGACAGACAUGGCCCGAGCAGGAUUCAUGCUCAACAUCAUCGGGGUCCUGGUCAUCACGCUGGCCAUCAACACCUGGAGCAUCCCCAUGUUCGACCUGCACGGAUUCCCCUCCUGGGCCCAGUCCAACACCACAGGCUUCUGUGGGGUCAGCCUGGCAAACGUCACAACACCUAGCCCCUAGAUCACGGUAUAAUCUGGCCCAAGCCAGGAAGACCCACCUCGUUCCUAUUCCUCUGAGCUGGGAGGGGAAACUCAGGCUCCAAGCCAAACAUUGAGAGAAAGGCUCGUGUAUACCUAACCUCAUGUGUGUGUUCGAGGGAGAUGUAUGUGAGCUCAGUCUUACAUGUCUGAGGAAAGUGUGUGUAUGUGUAUGUACGUGUGUGUGUGUAAAGACGGUGUGUCAUGUGAGGAUGUUCUGCAAGGGGGGUUUGUGUGUGUGAUGAUCCUAGGUGGUGUAUGCUUGACAACGUACACUUGCGAGGUCACAGACACGACAGCGUGCUCUGUCUGGCACUCCAGGUCUUCGUCUCCCCAGCUUGGUGGGUGACCAGACCCUUUUGUUCUCUAUUUAUUCAAACUCAGGGCUGGAGCUGCCUGGGCAGCAAAGCCUACCAGCAGUUGCCAUGGCUACAGUCUCCGGGACCGGCCCAACAUACUGAGUUCCCCCCAGCCUCUCAGGUCUGGGGGGAGGUUCAAAUAUCAGCCCCAUUAAAGUCUUUCAGUAGA